AUGUCUGCUCCUAACCCCGCUCAGAACGGCCAGCCCGCUCCUGCCUCCACCGAGCAGCCCACCCAGUCGGCUGCUGCUUCGACCUCGAGCCAGGAUGCCAGCAAGAUCUCGCCCAGCGACGUCGGAUGGCAGUUUGUUCCCCAGUACUACAACUUUGUGAACAAGCAGCCCCACCGCCUCCACUGCUUCUACAACAAGCGGUCAACCUUCAUCCACGGCGAGGAGGGUGACGAUGCUACCCCCGCUCUCGGUCAGCAGGAGAUCCACGACCGUAUCACCAAGAUCGGCUACGACCAGUGCAAGGUCUUCAUCAACUCGAUCGACUCACAAUCCUCGGCCGGCGGUGGUAUCAUCAUUCAGGUUCUCGGUGAGAUGUCCAACGCCAACAAGCCUUGGCGCAAGUUCGUCCAGACGUUCUUCCUGGCCGAGCAGCCCAACGGCUACUACGUCCUCAACGACAUCUUCCGCUACCUUAAGGAGGAGACCGACGAGGACGAUGAGGACGACGAGGUUCCUGAGGUCUCUGAGGCUCCGGUCGUUAGCAGCGCCCCUGCCACUCAGGCCGAGGUCGAGCACGCCCAGGCCGCUCCCCCCGCUCCCGUUGCUGCCACCGCCGAGGCCCCUGAGCCCAAGGUUCCCGCUGAGGAGCAGAAGCCCGAGUCCCCCGCUCCGGAGAAGAAGGAGGAGCCCAAGGAGGCUGAGCCCGAGGCUGCCGCCCCUGCCGCCGAGGAGGAGAAGCCCGCCGCCCCCGCCCGCAAGUCCGAGGAGACCCCCGCUCCUGCCGCCAAGGCUGCUUCUCCCGCCCCUCCUGCGUCUGAGAAGGCUGCUUCUGCUACUCCCAACGGCACCUCUGGCGCUGCUACCCCCGCUGCCCAGCCUGCUCAGCCUGCUCAGCCCGCCCAGCCCGCUCAGCCCGCCCAGCCCGCUCAGCCCGCCGCCCCCGCCAAGCCCAAGUCGUGGGCUGCUCUUGCUGGCGGUGGCAAGUCGUGGGCCAGUUCUGUCGCUGCUGCCCCCGCUGCUGCUGCUCCCGCCGCCCCGGCUCCUACCCCUGCCGCCGCCCCCGCUGCCAAGAAGGAGGCCGCGCCGGCGCCGGCUGCGUCCGGUGCCGCCGCUCCCGCUUCGGGCAGCGGCCGUCACCCGUACUACGAGAACGCCAUGAAGGUCAACACCCCCCACUGCUUUGUCAAGCUUCCCAACUGGUCUGCCAACGACUCCACCACCGGCGGUGAGACCAUUGACGAGCCUACUCUCCGCAACAUUGCUUCACGCUUCGGUGACGUCGUCAAGGUUGAGAUCGUGAAGGGCAAGGCCUGCGCCUUCGUCGAGUUCAAGAACGUCGACUCAGCCCGCAAGGCCAUCAUUGCUUCGCUCGGAACUCACUACGGCGGUGAGGGUGGUGUCCCGACGGCCAACGGCGAGGGCAAGCUCAACUUCGAGACCCGCAAGGAGAAGGACGAGCGUGGACCCAAGGGCCGCAGCCGUGGUGGUGCCACCGAGCAGCAGCCCCGCACUGGCGGCCAGCGUACUGCCACCGGCGGUGCUGAGCGUGGCCAGGGCAACCGCGGCAACCGUGGUGGACGUGGCGGACGCCAGGGCAACGCCGGCCAGAAGUAA